GAUACAGCAGCGGAAACGGGUGAGAAGUAGCUAGAAAACAAAAGAGAACACGCAGUCGUCCUCGCGAUUUGGUAUGCUCUUGCAGUGUUAUAGGAAUGCCCAAGGAAAAAUAUGACCCGCCGGAUCCCAGGCGGAUGUACACAAUUAUGUCCAGUGAGGAGGCAGCAAAUGGGAAGAAGUCAUACUGGGCUGAGCUGGAAAUCAGUGGCAGAGUAAGGAGUCUCAGCACAGCCCUGUGGUCUCUGACCCACCUCACUGCCCUGCACCUCAGUGACAACUCACUGUCACGCAUCCCGCCAGACAUUGCCAAACUACACAACCUGGUGUACCUGGAUCUCUCAUCCAAUAAGAUCAGGAGCCUGCCGGCAGAGCUCGGCAACAUGGUGUCUCUCAGGGAACUGCUUUUAAAUAACAACCAGUUGCGGGUUCUGCCAUUUGAAUUGGGGAAACUCUUUCAGUUACAAACACUGGGGUUGAAAGGAAACCCACUUGCACAAGAAAUUCUGAGCCUCUACCAGGAACCUGAUGGCACGCGGAGGCUGCUGAGCUACUUGUUAGACAAUCUGGCGGGGGCUAUAAAGCGCAUGCCAACAGAACAACCCCCACCCCGGUCGUGGAUUACACUCCAGGAAACUGAUCGAGCACGGCCCUCGGCAUUGUUCUCUGUGAUGUGCUACAAUGUGCUGUGUGAUAAGUAUGCCACACGUCAGCUAUAUGGCUAUUGUCCCACUUGGGCUCUAAACUGGGAGUACAGGAAAAAAUCCAUAAUGCAGGAGAUCAUGGGCUGCAAUGCAGACAUCAUCAGCUUGCAGGAAGUUGAGACAGAGCAGUACUACAAUUUCUUCUUGCCAGAGCUGAAGGAGCAAGGAUAUGACGGGUUCUUCAGUCCAAAGUCACGAGCCAGAACUAUGUCUGAGUCGGAUCGAAAGCACGUGGAUGGAUGUGCAAUUUUUUACAGGACAGAAAAGUUCAGUGCAGUGCAGAAGCACACAGUGGAGUUUAACCAGCUGGCCAUGGCUAACUCCGAGGGCUCAGAGGCUAUGCUGAACAGGGUGAUGACAAAGGAUAACAUUGGGGUAGCUGUACUGCUUGAGGUCCGCAAAGAGAUGAUGGAGCUCUCCUCUGGUAAGUCUCUCCAUGGCAUGGAAAAGCAGCUGCUCCUUGUAGCCAAUGCUCACAUGCACUGGGACCCAGAGUAUUCUGAUGUCAAGCUGGUCCAGACCAUGAUGUUCCUGUCAGAGGUGAAAAGCAUAGUGGAUAAGGCCACACGCAGCCUCAAGUUGUCCUCUGUUUCUGGCGAGACUAAUGCCAUUCCACUGGUGCUGUGCGCUGACCUCAACUCCUUGCCUGACUCGGGCGUAGUGGAGUACCUGAGUACUGGUGGAGUGGACUGCACACACAAGGACUUCAAGGAGCUCCGUUACAGCGACUGUCUGACCAAAUUCAAUUGCAAUGGCAAGAACAGCACGUCUAAUGGCAGGAUCACCCAUGGCUUCAAGUUAAAGACCGCCUAUGAGAACGGCCUGAUGCCUUAUACCAACUACACCUUCGAUUUUAAGGGUGUCAUCGACUAUAUUUUCUACUCGAAGCCUCACCUGAACGUGCUGGGUAUCUUGGGCCCUUUGGACCACCACUGGCUUGUAGAGAACAAUGUCAGCGGUUGCCCACAUCCACACAUCCCCUCUGACCACUUCUCCCUCUUUGCUCAGCUGGAGUUGCUCCUGCCCAACCUGCCCCCCCAGGUGAAUGGGCUCCAUCUGCCGACACGCAGGUAGUGAGACCCUGCCUAACCACCAGGGGGAGCCUCUCCCUCUCAACCCUCCUCCUUCCUCCCACUACCAGCUCUUCCCUCCACCAAACUGAAGGAGGAAGACAUAAAAACACAACCUGUAAAAUAUUCAUACAGUGAGGUCUGGCUGACAGGGAUUUCGUAUAAUGUUAUAGAUAUUCUAUAUUUUUCUUUUUUUUUUGUUUGUUUUGUUUUUAACUGCUCAAUUCAGUCCUGUUUGUGUACCAUAUUUUGUUUUUGGACUCCCCUUUGUUCUCAAGAUCCACCAACCCUACACACUUUGCUUCUGUCUUUUAAAAUGAGAAGGGAUGGUAGCUCAUUCAUAUUUGUCACUUAGGGCACUGUUUGGUUUAAGAGUGAGGGGGGGAUACUUUUUUUUAUUUUGGCUGAAGGAAAUGACUUUCCACUGAAGAGCUCCAUGGCUGAUGGUCUGCAUGUCUGUCUGUCCUGUAUAAACCUGAAACCAGCAAAGACAGCAGACUUGUCAGUCUCAAUACUCCAUCCUUUGCUUGUGCUAGUUAUCCCCUACAGUUUGGGCAGCCAGCUUACAUGAUUGGUUUUCUAGGAUACACACAUUUGUUGAGGCAGAUGUGUUGGGAUUAGAGCAGCUUUUUGCUGGUAGUUUAAGUAUCCCAGGAGGCGGAUGUAGCGCAGCUCGUAUGAGGUGAGAUUUCCUGCUGUCAUACUGUGGUGCUGAGGCCUUUUGUGUAGUCAUGGCCUCCCGUGGUGCUACAAGAUAGUCUACACCUCUGACCCUGGACCUGGUACUGCUACCAAAAUCCACAGAUGCCUAGAAAACAAGAAUCCCGAGCUUAGAUUUGAUGUUUCACACAGAUGGUGUGUAGUGCUGAAAAGCCACGAUGUGAAAAUUUGAUAGAUGCUACCAUCCUGUUUGCUGACAAUUUCACCCCAGCCUGUAUAGCUGUUAGGUUAGUCUUGUGCUUAGGAGCUCAUGUGGCCCAUGCGUCACCUUUUUUGUUUUUGUUUUGUUUUUUUUGACCAAGCGGUGAGGGGAUUUAGGCUGAUGGGCAAAGCGAUUGGGGAGUGGGGGGGCUAUUACCAGUAUUUGUCUUGAUUGCUUUUAGGGCAGGGACAGCGAGUAAUGGCCGAUACACAGGAAUAAAACCAGCAUUCCUCUCACUGUCAGGAGUUGCCAUCCAGCUCCCCACACACACACACACACACACACACACACACACACACACACACACACCACAUGUAAUUUGCAGGCAGAUCUGUAGCACUGAGGCCAGUAGUGACUUUCCCCAGCCAUAAAUUCCAUACACAAAGCCGUGGGUUUUUUUUCACAAGUGUUUGUACAGAAUAGAAAUCUAGACUCAGUCUUUACAUGAUUGUAUAUGAACCACAAAAGACCUGUUUUCUGGCGUUUUUUGUACGAAGAGUAAAUUAUGAUCAGUAAAUUAUGAUCAGAAAAAAAAGAUUGUAUUGUAAACUAAGGCUAAAUUUUUAUCCAGUUAAUGUUGAGAUGAAUUGAUAUUACCAGCUUGUACAAAAGACGUAAGAAGAGAUUGUUCAAGGCGUUCGCUGUCACAACUUUGCACUUCCUUGAGAUUAACUGUAAUUAAUGCAUCAGUAUAUUUUUCCCCUUUCUCGCUGCAGUUUUUUUUAAUGAUUUGCUGGCAUUUGCUGAUAUGUAAAUAGACACUGAGUAAACUGUUGCUUCUUGCCCAUUAACAAAGCCAUUGAUCCACACCGCUGCCAUCACUUCUGACAAAAGGACGCGCAAGUAUGAGUUACAUCUGUUCAUUUCUAUAACUUGCUCAAUAGUGAUGUAACUGGCAAAACCUAUAUAAACCCCACAUAUAUGUACAUUGUGCCUCACUGUAGCAGUUGACGUUGUCUUGCACUAUUUACAUGCGACGAACGCCUGAACAACCUUUUCUCCUUUUAUUUUUAAAUACUGUUGAGACAUUUGUGAAGAUUUUAUGUCCUUUUUGGUUUUUGUUAAUGUUUAUUUUCCUUUUUUUAUGAGCUGUGACAAUGUUAUGAUGAUGUGUAUAUCCUUGCUAUUCAUUAAGCUCUCUAGUAAUCAGGUAUGCUUUCACUACCAACCCUUUCUCCUUUUCUUAGGAACAUGAGUAGGGUUUCCUGUCUUUAUAAAUCCACUCAUGUUUUGCUCUCUUUUUACACAGCUCCAUGCCCCCAGAAACGCACAGCCCCUAGCUUUCCCCUGCCCGGCCACAGAUUUAAACCUCCCUAAGCCUGUCCAUCAACCUAACACCUCUCACCCUAAACUGCCCAUCUUGGACUUUAACCUCUCGACUAUCUUACACAAGCUGCAUCUUUUAAUCCCCUUUGCUCAACCACUUUGUAUAGUUUUCCUACCCUUGUUACUGCAGCUAUAGUGCCAUUUGUGGACCUGCCCCUCCCUCUAUAAUUUGGAAAGGGUUGAAGGUCCUCCUUUCUCUGCGAUUGGAUAAACAAGGGAUGAGGGUCAGCAGACUUAGGAUGGGCUAACCUGUUGCUUAUGAAUUUGAUACAUCUUUUUAAAAAAUGAAUUAAAUCUGUCACAAGCAAGAUGGCUACUUAAACAGUCAUGCUUUUAUACAGAUGAGAAGCACUUAGUAGGGUCAUAUGCAGCUUCCCUCACUCCCUUCCCUGUUGUAUUUGUAGUAAAGAUCUCAUUACUUUAAAUGCAUUGAAAUUCAGGUUUUAAAGUGAGAGGGAAGCACCUAAAUAAGAAGAAUAAAUUUGGUCCCCAUCUUUUUUUCUUUUUAAUUUUUUUUUUAAUGCAUGUUUUUUUUUUUUCUUCUUUCCUGAAUGGCAUUAGUAUUGUAGUUGUUCAAGGGGUAGCUUUUUUUUUUUUUUUUAUUUUUUUUUUUUUUGUAAAGUGUGAAUAAAAGAUGUAUCUCAUGUUUCCUUUCUAAACAGAUUGAAUUGUGUUUGUUGAUGUGUAAAUCAUGAAUUCUACGAUGGUGUUAUGUUUGCUACGUUGUUUUUACUUAAACUCAAUUCUUUCCCCGUUCGGCUCAUCCCAUCACAAACCAAAUCCUCUGUAGAAAUCAUGAGACGUAGUCUUUGAUGGGUUGAUCAGAAGUUGAAUGUUCUGGAUAAUACCUCCCACAGUGAAGGAUGGAGAGCUUACUGGUGGGGGUAAAAGGAAAAACAAAUCCCUGCAUCAUUGGUAACAGCACGACUUUGAGUGCAGGGAUAUGCAGUUUUAAUUUUUUCUUCUUAUUAUUUUACAUUUCAGCUUUAUUUUGGAUCUUGCAUGGCACUAGCAGGAGAGUGCUAGUGCUUGUAGGUUAGGGCAGCAGAGCUGUCUUCUAGUGGCUGCAGUUCAGUACAAAAAAACAUUUUAUUUUUUAUUUUUCUUUCUGUCUUUCGAUUAUUUUGUGAGAGGUGUAAAAUGAUGUGCCGCUAGACUGGUACUGUGAUGAUUUGAGUACUACUAGUCAAUCUCAUUCUGUUCUCGUGCAUCACAGUGGUUAAAUCUGUCAAACUAGUUAGCUACUAUUGACAAAAACGUCCUCUUCAUCAUUUCUCGUUAAACCACAGAUGGCGUCGGACUGAAUCUUGUCAAAUCAAAGCUGAGUUGUGACAACCUGUAAGCCCCAGUGACUAAUCACUUUUUUGGCUUUUCCUUUUUCUUCCUUACAUCGUUUCAUUUUUAGGUGUAAAGAGGUUUUAAGUUGUAAUUUUUUUUUUUUUUCUAACCUUCUCCCCAGGCUGCGUCUCUUUGCAUGGGUGCACACCAAAGCUGCUCGUAGUUCAGUUCUCCAGUCCAGUUCAGGGUUUUGUUAUGGUGUUUUUUUUUUUUUAAUUUUUUUUAUAUUAAAUCCAGCUCAUAGUUUUCAUGAAAUGUAGGGCUGUAAGGAAAACGAAGCACUUUUGUCCUUUUCCUGAACCGCAUAUUCACCCGUUUUCAGUUUGAGUUCUCAACCUGACGGCUCUUUUCAGAUGCAUCCCCUUCUUUUUUUUCUUUUUCUUUUUUUUUGGUCCUAAAAACUUGGCAAUAAUACCCAGAAACAUUCACACAUUCAGAUUUUCUUUAGAUGUUUACCUGGAAUAUGUAGCUAUUUCAUCUUUCAGUGUGAUUGUUUAAUUAUUUUUAAAACUCCCAUCUUUACCCUUCCAGGUUACCUGAACAGCAUUUUUUUUUCUUCCUCCUAUCAUCCAUCUUGUAUAUUUACUCAUCUCCUUCUCCCUGCCAAUUUAGUGGUAGUUGUUCAAUGAUCAGGAUUGUCUAUCUGUAGUCAGCUGAGUACAUAUAUUGAUCUGUGUCACUGUGUUUAUGCACUGGACCAACUAUUGUUUACCAUUCAUGAAAUACCAGCAAAAAAAAGGAGAAAAGAAGAAGACAAAAACACUUGCACAAUGUUGUAGAAUGUCCAUUAACCCAGAUGAGAAAUCAAGGCAGCUGUUUUCAAAUCAACACAUACUGUUUUAAAAUGAAACUGAAUGGUAAACAAUGCUUUCCGUUGUACCCCCUUAGCCGUCCUCUCAAUUCUCUUUGGUCUAGUUUUUAUUAUUUUUGGUUUCUUAUAUUAUUUUUUCUUUGACUACAGGUUCUGCUCGUUUCCUUUACACCUAGCUAUGUAUUUUCCUACUUCUGGUUGAAAAUAAAUUCUGUAUUAUCUGUUUCAA